AUGUCCGCUAGUAAAUGUUGUGAAACUAAACAAAAUAAAAAUACAUGUGAAUGUCCAUCAAGUAAUGCGAUAAAGAGUUCUGAAUGUGCCUGUGAAAGUAAUAAAGGUCCUGGGUGUACCUGUGGAAAUAAUAAAGGUUCCGAAUGUACCUGUGAAAAUAAUAAAGGUCCUGUGUGUACUUGUGGAAAUAAUAAAGGCCCUGUAUGUACCUGUGAUAAUAAUAAAGGCUCCGAAUGUACCUGUGAAAAUAAUAAAGGUCCUGUGUGUACUUGUGGAAAUAAUAAAGGUCCUGAAUGUACCUGUGAAACUAAUAAAGGCUCUGAAUGUGCCUGUGAAACUAGUAAAGGUCCUGAAUGUGCCUGUGAAACUAAUAAAGGUCCUGAAUGUGCCUGUGAAGCUAAUAAAGGCUCUGAAUGUACCUGUGAGGGCGGUAAUUGUGACUGUUAA